AUGGGUUCUAGCGACUCCAGCGACAGCGACACUGCACGUUCCAGCAGCUCUGAGUCUGGUGGAGAGGAGGACUUGGAUCUAGAAUCAGGUUGCUGCCACGAGGACCAUGUCAUCCCGAAGUUCAUCCAGGACCACCUGGAGGAAGCUGGCUCUCUUUUCUUGCAGUCAUCUGGACUUGAUAAGUGGUUCGAAGGCUGGGGUGAUGACAAGUUUGGCUACGUCUCAGACUGUAGUGGGGCAGAUGUGCCGUUCAUGGCUCUGCAACUUCUGUUCCGGGCUGCUGGCAAGGGGGAUUGCCUGGAGCAUUUGUUCAACACGACGGUGCUCAAGCAGGACAACGGCCCCUUGAUUGACCAAGUAGCUGUCUUAGAGAACGUGCUAGGCUUUCUUUCCGUCUUGGACAAAGUCUUCAAAUUCAUCGAGCGCAAUUGCCCAGGGAAGGACUUGCUGCUUCCUGAAGAUCAUCCGGCAGUUUCCCGGGACAUGCGCAAGCGUCGCAGCCGAAGGUGCAAGAUGAAGCAGCCAGCCAAGACCGCAAAGUGGAUCAAACGCCAUCGCUGUUGGGCAAAAGACAAUCAGGUCAACGUGAGAAAGGCCAACAAGCAGAGACUUUUUCAAAAAAGGUACAAAGCUGCAGCAGCACAGGUUGGUACCUACAGAGAAGCAGAGGCCUUGAAUUUGCUGGCAGCGCAUCACCAGAACCUGAGCAUUGUGAACACCUCCCAAAGCAUCGGCCAUAUGCAAGUGAUAGAGAGCGACACUGUGCUACAUUCCAUGGGAGGCAACGCAAUGUCUCUGCGGGCAGUGCUCCCGUGCAUCGUUGAUAUCCACUAUGUCAUGAAGCUUGGGCACGAUGUCUUGGAGUGGGAAAGCAUCGUCUUGGCCGCUGCCGGCACACAUUUCAGGGGCGGGAUGGCAGAUCCUUUGGUGGUCGUGGCGGCAAUGCGGUCGCUUGAUCGGGCCUAUGCAAUUGCACAAGCCAAGAACCGAUGGGAUCUUCUCUGUCGUGACAUCUGCGCUGAACUCCCAGAUGGACCUGCAGACACCGCAGGAUGUUUGCAGGUACGUGACUGGUGUCGGCUCAUGCCGGUGGGAGCUACUUUGUCGAACUGCUACAAAGCUCGUAAGGGUGAUCGUGAUGGGCCAGAGUCGGAACACUGGGCUGUCCCACAAAGUUUUACUUUCAUGGCGCGGGAAGGGAUGCCCGGGAAUGGUCAUGGCCUAGACUUGGAUGAACGAGUCCCCCGCCGGCUGAGAAGAGAGGGUUGCACCCGAGACGUCUUUUGCAUGGUCAAGCAGACCAUGUCAGAUGAUCACCUGGCUCAACCUCCUUUACUUGUUUACCCACAAGCGUUCUUGGAUGCCACCCAGGCCUUUUUCAACCGGAUCAAUUCCACCCAAAUGCUGGUGACUGGAAGUGUGGAUGAGGAUCGUUCUCAGGAACUUCUUGAGCUGGCGGAGAACAUCUCAAAGGACUUUCCCGCCAUGAGCAGGGGUGUGGCAUACUUGAGGUCUUUGGCCACUGGAGGCAUCCAUCGGAAACCAUGUGGACCCUUGAAGUUUAUCGAAUCAGGACCUGCAGCCUUUUCUGGCCUGGGUGAUUUGCAGUUGGGGCAACGUCCCCCACCACCAAAGCCAUACAAGCUUAAGGUCAUAGAGAAAGAGAAUUUUGGCGCCUGGAUCAACAAGACAGACCCUGUCUUCACCACCUUGCUCGGAGAUGGAUCUGAUGGAGAUGGUCGUGCUGUCUUGGGGACCAUUCCCAACUCCAGUCUUGCAGAGUUCUACCUGCCCUUCAUAGCUUUCAACUUGGGCGCAUCUUCGAAAUCUGGAGUGCAGUAUACCACCAGUGAGAAGCAGGCCCCAAGCCCGAUCGAUCUCCUGGCUUCAAUGAAGCAGGCAGUCUCCGUCGAGAAACGCCUUGCGAAGGCAGGUGUGAGUAAGGCAUUGCGGGACAUGCUGAGCCGUUGUGUCGGCGAGUUCAACAAAAUGGUGACCAAAAAGUCCCACAAGAUUGACUCAUCGAUGAAGGGUCUGAUCAUGAAUUUGAUUUCGCGCGACGUGUUGGCCCAGAUGCUUCCACGAAAGCAAAGGAGUUUGGAUCCUGACCUGUGCACCAUUUUGCGUGCCGCACAAGACUUCGAGUGGGACCGGCUUCCAUUCGUGCUGGAGGACAUGCACAAGAAGGCCUGGGAUCAGGUCGCCGAGUACGUCCAAUCAAACUUGGAAUUCUUCCAAGGGCGUGCGCUUGAGGAAUGCCGAUCACCGGAAGAUCACUCCGUGAUCCUCUGGACGAAUUUGACCACAAUCGGGGUGAUGUCGGCAUCGCGGUACGACUGGACUUUGUGUGCCCUGACAAACCUCCUGUCUGCUUACAAACGGAAAGCUGAGAAGAAGGAAAAGGUUGAGAAGGACGAGAAGGAUGAGGAUGACACGGCAGCAAAGGAUGAGAACUCUGAUGGCGAUUCGUCGAAUGCUGAGGACUUGGAUGACCCUGAGGAGGCUGACAUCCGAGACAUGCAACACAAGCUGGUGAAAGCUCUUUCCGCAAAGAGCCGGAGCUUGAUUGUCAAAGAUCUCACUUGGGUGUUUGACAAGGCUCGGUCUGGCACUCCACAUCUUGGACGGGCAUUCACAGAUGCCCAGGAGUUGCGCCAGGUGGCCGGUGGAUGUGACUUUGUUCGGAAAACGUUGAGUGCAUUUGUGCCUGACACGGUGGGUACGGUCUUGCUUUGUGAUUUGCACUGCUACGACUGUUGGCCGGCUUUGGCAGCCCUUGAGAUCACAGAUGGCCGGCGUGUCCUUUGCGCCAACAUUGUCCUUGACAGACAGCACGAGGACCUGAUCCAGCGUGUGUCAAACCGGGUGUACGAAGAUGCCAGGACAGGGGAUCUGAAACUAUGUGGUUUCCCUGACUACACGCCAGUGCUCACGGCUUUGCAGAAUGUUGCCCCACAAGACACUGGGAAACAGUAUCAGGUCACCGUGAAGAAGCAUGACAGGUUGGUUAUCUUGCAAGCUUUGGCUUCGAAGUGGCUGGAAACCGAGUUCAAGGAUGAGGUCACAACUGCAAUCGAAUCUCACAACGCCAAGUACAACAAAGAUGGUGAGUACUGGGUGGAAUCGACAGAGAGCAGGCCAGCUGAAGAAGACGAUGCCAGGAACCCUGCCAAACGGAUUCGCUUGGACACGGAGGAAAUCAAGCAGGAUGCCGGGGAGAUCCUGGAGGAUCCGCUCGGACGCUGGUUCAGCUUUUGCGCGACCCCCAGCACCGUGGUGAUUCUGGAAAAGAAGGGCUUGCCAGAACACAUUUCAGGGUUACCUUGUGUGGACACCCCAAGCUACCUUUCCACAGUCAUGCGUGAGCUCCAGGACAGUGGCGAGGUGAAGUUGGCCGUGACCCACCACAACAUCUCCUCCGAUGAGCCGCUCCAGUUGGAAUGCGACAAGCCUCUGGCGUUCUUGAUGGACCCACCCAAAUCACCAGACCAGGGAGAGGGGAAACCACCAAAGAAGAAACAGAGGAAGUCUGGAUCUACCCGAACUUUGACCUCUAAGAGCUUUGGUUCGGUUCUUGAUGUUGGCAAAUUGAAGAAAGCCAAACGGUUGGUGAUCGGUUGGCGUGUCAGGCUGGAUACCAACAGCUCUGCGGGAUUGAAGACCAUCGUCCCGAUCCGACCAGCCUUUGACCUAGACAAGCUCUUGUCAGAGAACAAGCGCUCCGCAGCACCGACCCGUGCGCCAUCAUCAGGGAUGGCUGCCAGCCGUGGGAUGGCCGCCAGCAGUGGGAGUGCUGGCACAGGUGCAUCCAUGCACAUCGUGCCAGCCAGAUUCCAGUCCUCCGAUGAAUCCUCGCCGCACGGAGAAAAGAACAAAGACACCAAGGACAGCAAAUCCAAGACCAAGGACAAAAAAGACAGCAAGAAGAAAUCAGACAAAGAAAAGAAGUUGAAAAAGAAAGGCCGUAAAGAAGAGGAAGAAGAUGAUGAACCAGACCAAGAGCAUACUCAUGCUGAAGAGCCAUUGCCGUUUCAGUACAUGAUUGAAGGCGUUGAGUCCUACCACACUUACAGGUACAUGGAAGCUUCUCUGCCCCAGCCGGAUGCAUACGAGACUCUACCGGAGGUGUUCAUUGAGAACCAAGAGGGCCUCUCUCCUUCACCGCAGAAGCUGGCGGCCCUUGAGGACUUGCGCCCACCACUCCACCGCAGCUAUGCCAUGGAGAAUCUAGAUGCUGUCGAGAACACCGAGAACCAGGACAUGGACGGGCCAUUGGCCGCAGAGGGUGGUGAUGACAUGCAUGACAUGGAUGACAUGGUGUUUGAACCAGAACAGGACACAGAACUUAGAGGCAUUGAUGACACGACUGACUCUUUGGACACAAUGCCAAGCGCCAAAGAUUCAGUCACCGGUGACAUGCAUGAGCCUUUGACCGGAACACCCAGUGCAGAUGACACCCAAUACUAUGGAAUGCCCACAACCCCGCCAGCAGAGACAGAACCCAUGACGCCAAAGCCAAAAAACUCUGCGAAGCCAAAGCGCACUCGCGCAGCCCGCAAGACAUGCGACAAGCCCCGCGCCAAAGCCAAGCAAGCCCCAAAGGCCAAAGCCAAGUCCCACGCCCGCGGCACCGUGGAUACCAAACCCAAAGGAAAAGCCAAGCAAGCAGCCAAGCCGAAAGCAGCAGCAAAAGCAACGUCGCGCAAGCCAAAGGAUGAGGUAUACUCCACCAUCCACAAGGCUGCCAAAGUUGCAAAGAACUCUCCGAAGACAGCCAAGCGGAUGGCGGACCAUGCCAGGUGGGUUCGAAAGGAAGGUCAUUCUGAUCACCCGGCCGUGAAGCGAUUGCUCAGCUUUUCGGGUGCUUGA